UUCUAAUCUCCGAUUCAUCCGAAUAUUGCCGUGUUUUCCUGUCUCCGUAUUAUUUCGCAUACUCCAUCAUUUUUCUUUACUUUUUCCCUACUUUCCACCAUUAGGCGAUAUUCCCACCAAACGCUCCCGAUUCCACAUGCGCACACUGGGGCGCUGACCCAACCAUGACGGAGGCUUUACGAGCGCCCAAGGAGAUUGACAGCCGAGGGGCUUCGGCAUCGCGCGCCUUACCUAUCCCCGCGAUCGUCACCAACCUUGCGACCGGGUCUUCCUCGAGUCUGAAGAAUGGUAGCAAUCCGACCAUCAAUAAGGACAGUGGGAGUCCUCGUGACGGCGAAAGUCCGAGACUCCUUCAGACUUCUCAGUCCUUCCCUGCCGGAUCGGCUCCGUCGGAUGUAGCGUCAGCCUCCAGUGGUUAUCCGCCGGAUGCAAGAAAGAAUUCUCGAUCGGCCUUGGACCAGAGUUAUGCCUCCAUCGGGAUCACCAGGAAUUCCCUUUCUUCCCCAACCCUCUUUGAGGUCAACGCCGACUCCAGCGCAAUAGAUCCAUUGUCGCAGCAUAUCAUAAAACGAACCAAUACGGAGAAGUCGAUCCCUUUAAAACUGCUUGGACGGGCGUCAUACGAGGCGGAAGCUGGCGGGACUGAUGGGCCACCUGAGCAAGGCCCAAUCCGAGGAGAUGCCGCGCUGCACCGGAAACCGUCCAGGGACAAGAAAAAGGGUGUGUCAUUUCUCAGCCGUAUUAUCGGCGGCAAAAAGAAAGAUCAAGUUCUCGAUGACGACGACGAUGUCUCCGAACCAGACACUACUCGUAUGGACACUGCGCAACCGAUAGGGUUCUUCCCCCGAUUUCCUCGUCCCCCAAAGUACCUUCGGGUUAGGGCGCAUUAUAAGAAAGAGAAGACAUUCAACCGAGUCUUCGUAGCGCAGGAGCUUGAAGGUGCAGAUGAUAUCUCGAACUCAUCUGAGAAAGACGCGUCGUCAUCGGUAGCAGGGGCAAGAGGCGGCAAAAACACUGGGAAAGCAGUAUGGGCAUUGGUGUUUUCUAACGAUGGCAGAUAUCUGGCGGCUGCCGGUCAAGACGGUAAGGUUCGUGUCUGGACUGUUAUUGCUUCGCCAGAGGACCGUCACGAAUCUGAGCCACAGGAAGAUGAGGGCCAGGAUAAUAAUGAGUCUCCUCAGCUGAAAGCGCCGGUUUUCAAAAAGAAGCCAAUCCAGGUGUACGAGGGUCACACAGGCAGUGUGCUUGAUCUAAGCUGGAGCAAGAACAACUUCCUUCUCUCUUCUUCGAUGGACAAAACGGUCCGGUUAUGGCAUAUCAGCCGUCCUGAAUGCCUCUGUAUCUUCCAACAUAGCGACUUUGUCACAUCGAUCCAGUUCCACCCUCGUGAUGACCGAUUUUUCCUUGCCGGGUCUCUUGAUACGAAACUGCGACUUUGGAGUAUCCCGGAUAAAAGCGUAGCGUUCGUUGCUCGAGUUCCUGACAUGGUCACGUCAGUCGCUUUUACGCCAGAUGGCCGACACUCGAUUGCUGGGUGCCUAAACGGAAUGUGCAAUAUCUAUGAAACUGACGGUCUUAAACCAGUCACGCAGAUCCACGUCAGGUCGGCACGUGGGCGCAAUGCCAAAGGCAGCAAAAUUACUGGAAUUGAUACUGCCUCUUUGCCUAAGGGUGACCCCAACGGUGAGGUCAAGUUGUUGAUCACUAGCAACGAUUCUCGGAUUCGACUCUACAACUUCAGGGAUAGGACUCUGGAGUCAAAAUUCCGCGGCAAUGAGAAUACAUGCAGUCAGAUCCGUGCUUCCUUCAGCGACGAUGGAAAGCACGUCAUCUGUGGAAGUGAGGAUCGUCGGGCUUAUUUGUGGCCGACAGGCUCUGUUGAGAAGGACUCGGACAAGCGUGCUGUGGAAGUUAUUGAACCACAAUCGGCUAUGGUGACGGUGGCUAUCAUGGCUUCCUCGAGAACGAAGCAGAUCUUAGGGUUUUCCGAAGAUCCGAUUUUCGACGUCUGCAACCCUCCGCCUGUUACCCUAGGUGGUUCAAAGGAGAACGGAACUCCUCGCAAUUCGGUAGUCAGCAAGCAAGCCCAGGAAUCGCCGGGGUAUCUUGCUCGCUCCACCCAUCCAGGUGGGAAUAUAAUUCUAGUGGCUGACUACUCUGGGAAAAUAAAGGUCCUGCGACAAGAUUGCGCGUACCACAAACGGCGCUUUGAAAGCUGGGAUACGCACUCGACCAUCUCCCGCAGACUGUUACGGCGCAGUAACUCGGCACGGCAUAGUAUCGCAUCAUCUAUUGGAAAGGAGUCAUCUCAUAAGACGCCAUCUGAGCGAAUUAUCUCCUGGCGCAACUCGGUGAUCGGCCAUACAGAUCGCAAGGAUGGGCAUCAGUCAGGCACACGGACUCGAAGUCCAUCUCCUCAGAGAUUCGCAGAUCGGUCGCAGUACUCAAGCCCCAGGCGUGGUCCUUCGCGUUCUGGCUACACCACCUCCCCUCCAGCUUCUGCGCACAAAACUUCGACGGAGUACAAGACUUCGUUGGACAGCGCGGGAUCCAGUACUGAAGUAGCGGGGCGGAACGGUAUGACCAAUGGCCCCAAGGCGCCCCAGCCAACAGCGCCAUCAUGGGAUGCCAACAAACCACAAAAUCAUGAUAACCCUCUCUGGCUACAAGGUGACCACAGCUAUGCGUUCUACAAUAAAAUCGCGCGAGAUGCAUUAGCCGUGCGUAAUCGAGAACCGCCCCGUCAUUUGGACCCCAAUCGACUUUCUAUUCCCGGAAGACGACAACCAAGUGUCGGCAGCAUCCUGAGCAGUGAUUACGCAUCAUCGAACGGAGAUGGUGAUGAGAGCGAAGAUGUUCUCCGGUGUGACAACUGUGAAGGGACGAAUUUCCGAGCGACGAAAGGACGAAAUGGAAAGCAGAGGUUGCUCUGCGUACGGUGUUCACAGCCCGUCAAUUGAUUAUAUGUGUCAUUGAUGAUUGAUGUUUUCUUUAAUUUUCUUUUUUCCUGCCUGUGGAUUAAGGCCCAUGUUGACAUUUAUUGCAUUGGCGGGUGUUCAUUGAUUUCGCAUUUUCAGGACGUGAUGGAUGUAUGUAGCAGACACACAGGAUAUAUUUAGUAUACGAGAUAAACGAUUCAAUGUACAAAAGUCAAGCCAUUAUUGAAACAGGAAAAGGGAAAAAAAAAGCGUGAAUCAAAAUAAACCUAACUACAAUCCAAACCCACAAGAGACCCAAAUGUCCAUACU